CUUUACUCUCUUCCUCCCUCUCUCUCUCUCUCUCUCUCCCUCCUUGAGUCGACGAAGAAGGGUUUAAGCUAUGCCGGGAUCAAAUCAGAUAUCUCGAAAGAGAAUGCGAUUCUCGUCUUCUUCAGCUACUGAGAUCCUCACGAGAAGCAAAUCCCAGUAUCAGAGAGACCGCUCUGGCCGAAUCGCACCCACCGUAUCUCACACCGGAAACGGAUUCCGUCUCAAUCAUUCGUCAUCUCUCAGCGGGAAAAUCGAUUCAAAGAUCGUUCGCACGUAUCCUCGAGUCACCAUCAAGGAUCUGCGUCUGAGACGCGUCUUCUCACCGAGCUCGAUCUCCAGCGACUGGGAAUGCAAAACCAAAGGGGAAAUCAAAACCAAGCAGCAAAUUGGAGAAUGUCCUUGCGACCCUCGCGAUUCCAACAUCGUGGAAGAAGGAACCAAAGUCGAUGCAGAAGCAGAAGAUUUCUUACGAACGACGCCACCUGAUCUUGUCUCGGCCGUAAAUGAAGCAGAGCGGAUCUGUGAAGAGAUCAAUGAACCAGCGGUGAAGAAGAAUGUCACUAAUCUCUCGGUUCUUCAUCCAUGUUCACGAGCUAAGAUAUUCAAGAACCCUGGCUCCUUCAGCUACAAGAGACUGCUUCCUUACUUGAUGCAAGCUGCAGAUGAUAGAACAUCUUCAGGCCGGUGUUUGAAACCUGAAAAACCUUUGCUCCAGAAUCCUCCGAAUGUAGAUUUGCCUUGUAACAAAGAGACUGUGGAAACUAAGAAGGAUCCAAAAGAGGAAAUAGGUGAACUGAUGACCACCAAACCUGUUUCGCAAUCCGUGGACAGAGUAUUCGAUAUCCGUUCAGGAGGAAGCUCAUGUGGAAACACCAUUCCUUUGAAUAAGGUUAUUGCGUCCAGCCCCAACAAGAAAUCUGCAUGCUCAAGGCGCAAGUUAUUUAAAACACCAGGCUCAGUUAACUACAGAAGGAUGCUUCCAUAUCUUAGAGAUGUUCAAGAAAAUAGUCCUUGUGUUUCCGAAACAGUUUAUCAUCCAUAUCAUAAAAAGAAGACAGAGGAGAACGCUCCAUCGCCGAUGUUAGUCUUUGACAAUGAUGGGGCAGAGGAAAUAGUGACAUCAAAUGUUGCUACAGAGUCAAAUACAUGCUCUAACGAAAACGAAGAGCCAUUUCCUUGUGAACCUGUUUCUGUAUCCCCAGAACAACCUGAUCCUGAGAAGGAACAAGAGACACAAGUAAAGCAUGUCAUCCCGGACACUGAAAAGAGCUUGGGAACUCCUUGCGAUGUUUUGGUCUCCGAGGUCCUAUUAUCACCUCCUCUUGUUGGCUCAGUAACUUCAAGUGAGGUUGCUUCAUCUGCAUUGAACAACAUGUUUGUCGGAAAUUUGGCGGGUGAAAAAAUUAUGAAUGGUUCAGAGGAAGCUAAAGACAGUGCAGAGCAACCAGAGGCAAAUAGUUCGAAUCUAACAGCUGAGAUACUUGAUCCUUGUGUUGUAAUGGGAACUCCUACCUCAGUCUCUCCAUCGAAAGGGAUUCUCAAAAGGAGUAUAAGAGGAUGUAGAGGGAUAUGCUCUUGCUUGAACUGCUCUUCCUUCCGUCUAAACGCAGAAAGAGCAUUCGAGUUCUCAAGGAAUCAGUUACAAGAUACUGAAGUAAUGGUUUUGGAUCUCGUUGGAGAAAUAUCUCGUCUCAGAGAUAUGUUGGAGACAUAUGGUUCAGCAGAUCACAACGAAAGUCAGGCUGGAGAAGCUUCAAAGAGAGCUUCUGAGGCUGCAGAGCUAGCAAAAAGCCGUCUCCACCAGAUGAACGAUGAACUUCAAGUUCACUGCAGAAUCCCCAACGAACAACGAGCAAGAGUGAAGUUCGCUCACUACGUCCACGAGAAGACAAUCCUAAAAGCAACCGAACCUAACAAAUUGAUCCUUUAGAUCAUCUUCACCCUCAAGCAAGUAGGAUCACUUUUUAUAAAAUGUCACAUGUCUAAAAUAUAUUAUCCAGUUUCAUGUUUUUUAAUUUUGAAAAGUGAAAGGUAUUAGCUGUCUCUUUCAUUUGUACCUCUUAACACAAAAAAAGAGAAACUAUAGAUCAUAGAUCAAAUUGCCGUUUAUACAUAUAGUCCAUGUGAUCAUAUUUAUUAUCUGAUUUUUCUUGAAAAAUCACCUCUUACUUCAAUGUACAUACGC